AUGGUUUCCAAGAUCCUCUUCUGGAGCGGCUUCGGCUUCGCCGCUCGUUGGUGGCAGAUGGGCAUUGAGAUGCGACCUUUCUUCAACAAGGAAUCCCUCUGGGUCUACCCUGUUUACAUGGCCGGUGGUGCGGCCUUCGGAUACUGGCUACAGGGUGUCGAGGAUCGACAAAACACUCAGAUUAGCGAUAGGAAACAAAGUCUAUUGGAGAAGAGGGCACGGAAGGCACUAAGGGAUGCAGAGGCGGCGAAGGCUGACGCGUAG